UGGUGUCGUGUAACGCCUGUUUAUGUCCGUGUGUGGACCAUUGAAAGGACUUCUCAUGAGCAAAUGAGGUAUUAAAAUAUAUAUACAUAGUGUGUCUAGACUUUAUGUCUGCAUAUCAUCAAAAGAGUUCCGAUGGUGAAAAGAAAGCAGAGGAGAGUUCUGCGUUAUGUGGAGGAGGGGAGUCUAAUGAAGUUAAAGUCGUUCCUUCGUAAACACAAGGAUCUGGAGCUGAAUUUCACCCAGGGAAAGAAGCACAGAAGCCCCCUACACGUUGUCUGUUCGCACGGGGAUGAUGCAAUUCUCAGACUGUUGCUGAAACAUGGAGCAGAUCCUCUUCAAACCGAUCGAAAUGGGGACACACCGCUACAUCUGGCCGCUAAAAGAGCCCUCAAACAUGGCAAAAGAGCUUAUGAUGACCUGGUGGUGCCAUUACGAAAAAACUGUCCAGAAGCGAUGGAUAUUUCCAAUAAAGCAGGAGUUACACCUCAUGACCUGCUCCAGUGGAUGAAGCCUGAGCAGGGGGACAUCAAAAAUGAAUGUCCAAAAAUUGAUCCAGAACAACAGUGGAGAGAGAAGCUGUUUGGCGAAUGCCAGGAUGAGUUUUUUGAGACAUUCGGACAGUAUGAUGAAGACUUUUUAUGGGAUGAUAAAGACGAGGAAGACUUCGGAGACUGGGCGGAUCGGAUCAGACGAGAGUAUUAUACAAAGCAACGGGCCAAAGAACAGAGAGAAGCGUCUUCUUCGGGUCAGAAGAGGUCGAAGCGGCGGAAGGAGACGGAGGAAGAUGAGAGGAGCCGUCGAGAGCUGAGAGCCAGGCUGGAGCGGGAGCAUGAGGAGUACCUGCAGCGUGCAGCUCGUAAGGAGGAGGAGACGCGGCAGGGCAGGAAGGUGCGCUAUGAGGAGCGCUGUGCCGCCACGUUUCACAGCUCCUCGAGCAAGGGGUCUGAAGGACUGCUGGGAUACGACGACAUCCCUUGGCCCGCUCCUCGCGGUUCGCUGGAGGAAAUGGUAGCCGUUAUGUUGCACGGUGCUGAUCGAUCUGAUUUGACUGUAUUUCGGAAGGUGCUCCGUCGCCAGCAGGCCCUCUGGCACCCGGACAAGUUUGUCCAGCGCUGUGGAGGUCGUCUGCUGGAGUCUGAUAGGCAGAGGAUCCUCGACACUGUCACUGGUCUCUCACAGGAGCUCAACAGACUCGCACAAAACCUCAGAUGAUGUAGACUUCACUGAUCUGAUCACCUCUUUAAAUUUGUUGCAUUGUUUAUAAGUGCUUCAUUGAAAUAAGAGGAACAGAGGAGGGAUGUUCUCUACAGUAAUAUAUUACUUAAACAGUAAUUUUUUAGAAUAUCAUGUCUGAUGAUGUAAAACAAAUUCCUCAUAAUUUAACCCCUUAGCGUUCCUGUCAAACUUGACUCAAUGCAAAACGUCCCACCGGUGGAAUGUUGGAACACUAAGGGGAUGAAGUGUCACUAAAACAAUGUAAUUUUAAAAUUAAACAUUCAUUUUCUUCCUAUGCAAAACACAAUACUUUAAAAUGUUUUAUUAAAGAAAAAAUACUGAUAAAGAUCUAUCUCUAUAUUGGCCAUUAAUGAUUCCCCCAUGUUUUUUUUUGUCAUUUGAUAAUUUUUAAUUUGGUUAUCUUGCUAAUAAAUAACUGUAACUUCUGACAUUUAAUUUUUCAACAUUUUAUUCAAACAUUUUUAUUGCAGAAAAAAUACUGAUGAAGGUUCAUCUCUAGAUUGGUGUAAAAUUAGGGCUGUCAUUAAUGAUUUUCCCUCCUAUGAUUUAUUUAUUUAUUUAUUUUUUACCUGAUGAACUGUUUGGUUCAUAUACCAAUAAAUAAUAACUGUAACUUCUGACAUUUAGUUUUUCAACAUUUUGUUAAUUCUUUAGUUAAAAUUUCCAACAUAAAAAAGUGCCAACAAUGGCUAGUUCAGGUUAUAAUUGGAAAUUAACAUGUUUUAUUUAUUUAGUAUUUUUUCAGGUACAUGCCAUUUUUUUUCUCCCAAAUAGAUAAAUAAAAGGUUUUACUUUCUUUUUGUUUUAACUUUUAUGUAGAACACUAUACAUUUUAAAUGUUUUAAUUACAGAAAAUGAAGAUUCAUCUCUAGAUUGGUAUAAAAUUAAGGUUGCCAUUAAUGAUUUUUUCCCCCCCAAGAUUUUUUUUUUUUUUUUUUUCAACAUUUGGUUCAUUUACCAAUAAAUAAUAACUGUAACUUCUGACAUUUAAUUUUUCAGCAUUUUAUUCAAACAUUUUCAAUCAUUAAAAUCCUUAGUUUACAAAUAAAAAAAUCCUAACGUAAAAAAUUACCAACAGUGACUAGUUCCGGUUAUAAUUGGAAAUUAACGUGUUAUUUAUUUAAUAUUUCAGAUACAUGUCAAUUAAAAAAAAUACUAUUAUCAACAUAUUGCAUUUAAUAAUUAUCAGACAUAUGAUAAUGUUCUAUUUCUAUUAGUAUUUCUAUUUAUUACUAAUGUCUCUAUUUCUAUUUCUAUAUGUUUAUGUAUCUUUUUUGAGCAUCUUCAUGGACCCCUGGUUGAAAUCCCCAUGUAUAAAUGAAUUUUAACAAUCAUGAUUUUCAUAUUUAAUCUCUGCUUGAUGAUGGGUUCCCAACCUGUUUGUAAAAUGAGCCAUUAUGACAUAAAUAACUGCUGAGAUUCUAAGUAAACAUAAUGAAUUUAUCAUCUUCAUAUGUGCCUUUAUAAAAUAUUAUUUCUAUAGUAUUUUGUGUGUGUUCUUAUUAAGUGAUGUGAAGUGAUUAGGGCUUUUCACAUUCAUCAAUCCUGUCAGGUGUUUGCAUUUACGCAUGUAGUAUAAAUGCACUUUUUCAUAACUGUUAGGCUUUUUCUGAGUAUCUGCAUUUGCUUUGAGAAGAAUAUUCACCUGGAACCUAAGAAAGUAAGUCAAUUUGUGGUGCACUAUAUAAAUGUACUAGUAUGCACAAUGAGGUGAAGGCUAGUGGGUUAUAUGACGUCACUGUCACAUCAGGACCAUUACAAUCUCAUUGUAUCUGCUAUAACUUGUUCUGCUGAAAACACAUUAUAAUUCU